AUGACGGCACUGGAGUAUUUGUGUCCCAAUCUUCAUACAAUUUCAAAGUCAUUUUUGAAAAUACCUGAUAAUUUAGCUGGAUUGACGAUUUUAGCAUUUGGAAACAGUGCCCCAGAUAUAUUUAGUACUUAUGAAGCAAUGAAGAUGAAAGAAACAAAUUUAGCAUUAGCGGAAUUGAUUGGAGCUUCCUUUUUUGUAUCCACAUGUGUAAUUGGAUGCAUAGGAGUUGUUAAACCUUUCGAAGUGCCACAAUAUUUAUUUGGUAAAGACGUGGUUAUGUACAUUUUAGUGUAUUUAGUGAUCACAUUUAAUUUGAUAACCAAAAGUUUGAAUUGGAAGUCUUGUUUGGUUUUAAUUUUAUUGUAUUUAACGUACGUUUCAAUUGCAAUUAUAGCUCAUCAAAGAAAGAAAUCAAGAAUGGCAGCUAUUUUGAGGGACCAUAGAUCUAGGGGGAUUUUUGAAGAUUUAGAUGAUGAAAUUUACGGAGAUGAAACUUCUAGAUUACCAACCAUUGAAGAUAUUGAGUUACAUCAUGAUUAUGAAAUUGAUAGUGGAGUAUAUGGAAUAAGCAAAUUGAUAAAAGACUUGUCUAAUCAUUCAAAUUUAGUUGGUACAGUUCAGCUUGAGACGGAUGAAGUUGAAAUUAAAGAGGUUAGUUCAGAAAGUUUUUACAAGAUUUUUUGUCCACAAUUACUUGAAGACAUUCCUUUACCACGAAAAGUUGUGCUUAGUUUACUUCUUCCAAUUACAAUAGUACUCAAACUAACGAUACCUGUUUCCGGAGAACUUGAUAAAUUAUUGGUAAUUCAGACAUUCUUGGGAACAAAUUUUUUCAUUUGCAAUCUAAAUAUAUCAUUGAAGAUAAAAUUGAUACUUUGGGCUUUGAGUAUCCCUUUCACAUUCUUGAUACAUAAGAUAGACAAGUUGAAACCUGAAGUGAUGGAAUAUUUUAAGACAAUAUUUGGAACCAUAAUUUCAAUUACAUAUAUAUCAUUUAUCGCUACAGAAAUUAUCAGCAUUCUACGUGUUAUUUCAACUGUUUGCAAUUUGAGUGAUGAUUUGUUGGGAAUAACUUUAUUUGCGUUAGGAAAUUCAAUUGGUGAUUUUAUAACAAAUUAUACUAUGGCUCAAUUGGGAUUUCCUAUAAUGGCAUUCGCGGCAUGUUUUGGUGGACCUUUAUUAGCACUAUGUUCAUUUGGAUUUAGUGGUCUUAUUGUUGGAGGAACUCAUGAAUUAGAGUUCACAGAAAUUUUGAUAGUAGGAAUAACAGCCAUUUUUCUCAAUAUGAUUGCCUUAUGUGUCAUGAUCCCCAAGAAUAAUUGGCAGUUGGAUGAGAGAAUCGGUAAGAUUUUAGUAUUAAAUUGGGUUGUAACAUACGAUGAGACAAUUAAUCAGCUAAAAUAUCAUUUAAAUUACAAUUCAAUAGGUGCUAUAUUAGAGGAUUUGAUCAAAUUGAGUAUUAAAUCAAAUUCUCGUAAAAUUAAUAUCAAGUUAGAUUUAUCGUCUUUAUCAACAUUCCUACAAAAUGAUGGAAAUGGUUUCACACCAGAGCAGUUAGAAAGGCAAAAUCAUUUGUUUGGAGCCAUAUCCAAUGUGUCAAUCAUAUCGAAAUGUUCUGAUUAUAAAUGUCCAUACAUGGUUAAUGGAUCGAGUGCACAAUUAUUUGAUGUAAAGACAUUGGAAAGAAGUUAUUUCAAACCAACUACAUUGGAAAAGCAUGGUACGAUCUAUAUUAUUAAUAACAUUUUCAAUACGUUACCUGUAAGAAAGGAGCAAAUGAAAACAACAUCCACUUUCAAAAUAUUAAAUAACAUUAAAUUAUCAUUCUUGAAAUCAUUGAUUGAAACCGAAAACGUUACUGUGUCGUUCCUGUUAUACAAUCCACAGCGUCUCAAAUUUGAAGAGCAAGUUGUGGUCAAUUUAAAGGAACGAAGUUUAAGACAAUUAAUGAAGAGUUUGUUUGAAUUAGAAGGUUUUAAAAGCAUUAGAGCGGAGUUCAAAAAUCAUAGAUUUGAAGGAAUAAUUGGAUUGAACCCCAUAAAUUCUAAAAGUCACCAAUAUAUAUUCAUCAACGGGGUAUUGGCAUCAAUGGAAAAAGAUAUAUCAAACAAGUUGAAUGAAAUAUUUAAUGAUUUCACAGAAGUCGUUACCCCGACUAAAACAACAGGAAGACCUUUUCAUAAAUUUCCAGUCUUUCUUAUAUACAUCUCAAGUGACAAAAAGGAAAUUCCAAAUGAUUCUUAUACAUGGGAAGUUAUUGUACAUAUUUUGACCAAAAUUUUUCAAAAAUUUGUAAGCAUUGGUGAAAAGAGGAAACUUGAUGAAGAAUUGGUAUUACUGCCAAUAAAAAAAUCCAAAACGGACAAGUUCUUACUAUCAACUAAUGCAAGGUUAGGAGAUUCGAAACCAGAGGAAGUUGAAGGUUUGUUAAGUAUUCAUAAAUCCGAUGUCAAAGUUCCAAAUUUGAACUUAAAAAAGCCACCUCCAAUUCACAUUUGCCAUUGUCACGAUCAUUCUGAACCACAACAAACGAAGCAGGUAGAUUUAACCUUUGGCAACUAUAGGAUUAUCAGACAAAUUGAUAAAAAAUUUAUAUUAUUACUUUUGGAUAGUAAGUUGGUAAUUUUAGAUCAACAUGCAAGCGAUGAGAGAGUGAAAGUGGAAGAGCUUAUGAAAGAGUACAUAUCGACUUUGAAUAGACCUAGUUUGAGAUUAGCUACACCAAUCCCUAUUUUAAUAAGUAAAGAUGAAAAAGUUUUGCUUAAUCAAUAUAAAGAAAAUUUUGAAUUAUUUGGUAUCAUAUAUCAUCUUGAUGAGGAUUUAAAAGUUUAUGUUACUUAUUUGCCAGAGAUUUUGAUAACGAAGUGCACUGAAGAUUGGGAAUUUUUGAAAAAUGUUAUACUACAACAUGGGUACGAUUUACAAAAUAAUUCAAAAUUAGUCAAGUUCGAUAUGACAAAUUGGUUCCAGUCAUUUCAUAAUGUACCUAGAAUAAUUACAGAGAUCAUAAAUUCAAAAGCUUGUCGUUCUGCUAUCAUGUUUGGGGAUGAAUUAGACCAAGAAGAAAUCACCACAUUGAUUGAGAGAUUGAGUAAAUGUAAAUUACCAUUUCAAUGUGCUCAUGGAAGACCAUCCAUAAUCCCAUUAGCUAGUAUAAAAUGA